UACUCAGGAAAACAACAAUGACAAUGAGGAGUCCUCUUUUGCUGAUAGUGCUGCUGUCCUUACUAGUGGCAAAGUUAUGCCAUGCUUACUGCGUUGAGUCUCAGGAGCAACAGGUGCCCAGUGGAAUCCAGACAAAGAAGAGCUCAGAUCCGUACAAGCUGCCUCCAUCCUUGCUCCGGAGAUUGUAUGAUAGCCAAGGGAUUUCCAGUGAGGCACUGCUCAGGCUGUUGGGCAAAGAGGAAAUAAGUCCUCAAGCACUUGCCUCUUCCCAGAAACGAGACAUGCAUGACUUCUUUGUUGGACUCAUGGGCAAAAGGACCACAGAGCCUGAUAUCCCCAUACAAGUUAAUAAGGGAAUGCUCACUGACUUUGGCGACUUAAAGUACUCACCAAAUGCAGAAUGAGGUACCAUACAGGAGUGAGGACAAGCACAAUGUCUGCAGGGCCUCAAGAAACUGACACAAAGCUGAUUUCAUCCACCAAAGCCCAGCACACUCUCAACCAAACCAGAACCCUUUGAUGUACUAUGGAGACCUCAUCUCAUCCUGUGCCUCCUGUUGCCGUUUCUUUUCCACAAUUCUGCCCUUUGUUCUAGCCUGUUCCUCACUGUAACUCUUUAGUGUUCCUUGUUUUGAAAUUUUGAAAAGUAUCCCCCCCACCUCCCAUCAUGGUGCUUUGCCCCCCCCUGUGUACACAUUUAACUGAUUUGCAGAUCAUUUUCCCAUGCUGCAAGCAAAGUCGUCCUCACUGCCCCCCCUUUUGUGGCACAGAUUAAGAACACCUC